GACGGCCUCAUGGGCAUGGGCUACCCCGCCAUCUCCUCCUACGGCGCCUUGCCCGUCUUCAACACGUUCGUCUCCCAGGGCCAGACCGAUGCGGGCGUCUUCGGCUUCAAGCUGACCUCGUCCGGCGCCGAGCUCACCAUCGGCAGCGUUGGCCAGUCCGCUGUGUCCGGCGACUUCACCUACGCGCCCGUC